GCUUUUCUACUAAAUCACUCAAGUGCAUUUUCAAUAAAGCUAGGUCGUUGGAAUGUCAUUAAUCUAAAAUUGGACACGUUCGUCGCUGUUUGAACCAUAUGAUCAUGGUGAUAUAUAAACAUUGGUCCAGAAUUCUUGCAAAUUGUAACUAGUUUUCAGAUGACAGACCUGUGUGAGGAAAUAUAAAACAAAAAUGGAAGUGUCUGGCCGAAAGCCUGAAAAGCCAUUCACGGACACUGUAGGGAAGUCGUCUGCAGAAGACGGUGAAGCCUUCUGCCAACCAUGUAGCAGUGACGGCGACUGGAUGAUUGCUGUUGGAUACUGUGAAAAUUGUAACGAAUACAUGUGUUCUGCGUGUUUGAAGGUUCAUCGUAAACAAGCGAUAUCCAGAAAUCAUGAUAUUCUGGAAGGAGAGAACAUGCCAAAGGAAAAAGGGUUAUCCGUAACACUAAAUGCUUGUUCUGAAUUGUGCACCAAACACGCAAAUGAGAUAGUAAAAUUCUAUUGCUCAGCACAUGAUGUAGUUGGAUGCGGAGACUGUAUGGUGCUAGAUCAUAAAGCAUGUACAGUGGAUCGUAUACAAGAUAUAUCAACACGCUAUUUCAAUGGCACUGAACAUCAAGAACUCCAACAGAAGGUAGACCAGUUCCUGAAGAACAUAGAAAGAAUAAACAAAGACUUAAAGACAAGUGGGGAAACAAUGCAACAAGCAUACAAGAAAGCAGAAAAUGAUAUAAAAGCGUUUAAGAAAGAAAUUACUGAUUAUCUAGAUAAGGCAGAGACGGACAUGAUGGCGAAAUUGAACAAAAGGAAACUGGGUGCCGAAAAGUUGAUAUCGGAUCUACAAAGGCAUGAAAAUACCAUGAAAGAUGAUAUCCAAGAAUUGCAUGAGAAACUGCAACUACAGUUAAAUCAAGCGAACAAAUUAUUUGCAGCUGCGAAAGAAAUGAAGAAAAGAAUUACGCGCAUAGGUGACAGCAUAAAGCAGUUGCAACAAGACUGCCAGUUCAACCAGUAUGAGUUUGUUCGUUCUAAACACGUCAAAGAAAUGUUUGCAUCAAAGUUUAAGCUAGGUGAGCUACUGGUAAAAAGAGCAAUGGAUAAGAUAAAUAUUGCAGAAAUGGAACCGAUUUUCAGUGGCGAAAUUAUAAUAAAAACACCAGAUGAUACUUCAGAUUGUUUCAUUCAUGCUUGUGCUCUUAUUGCAUCCAGCCGGAUAAUAUUAGCAGAUGAAGUCAACAAAUGUUUGAAAAUUGUUGAUACUGAAAACAGAAAAGUAUCAACAAAGUACAAGCUUAAAAGUGGCCCGACUGGAGUAGCAGUUGUUGCUCGUGGUCGCAUUGCAAUUACACUUCCUAACGAAAAGAAAAUACAGUUUCUGACAAUCACAAAGGAUGACAUAAUUACUGAAAGCUACGCUAUAGAGGUGAAGGACAAGUGUAGAAAAAUUGCUUGCCAGGAAGAUAAGAUAAUAGUUGCAUACCGUCAACAUAUAGUAAUUCUGAGCAUGGAUGGACAAGAGAUAAAUUCUACAUUUACCGGUUCAAAUCAGAAAUGGAUAAACCCACACAUUGCAACGGACUCUAAGGCUGUUUAUGUUGCUUAUUGUUUCAAUGAACUCUGUAACGUUUCCAAAUUUGAUUUUGAUGGAAAACUUAUUGGAACAUACACGGACAAGGAUCUUGUAGACGCAAGAGGACUCAGUGUAACAAGAGAUGGUUUAGUGUUUGUGUGUAAUUGGGAAGAUGCAGGAAGUGUUCAUGUUAUAUCUCCAGAGUGCAAAAAGAUCAAAGAAGUAUUGAAGCAUAAUGAACGUGUUAGUCGUCCAUGGUGUGUUUCCCUCUGCGAUGAAACUUACAAACUUUUUCUUUGCAACGCUGUAAUUGGAACUAAUAUUGAUCCAAAACUUAAGAAUGACUUGAAAGUUUUCAAUUAUAAUAGAAGCAAAUUCAAUUAAUUUACCGGUUCAGAUAUGAAUUGAAUGGUGCUUUUAAACAAACGCUUAUAUUUUGGUUUUAACGUAAGCAAACUAAAAACGAAACAAUUUGAUCAGUGACAUAUUCACUUUAUAAACUUUCUGGUUAUAUAUAAUAGUGCUACAUAUUUAGCGUGUUUCUAUUUUUAGAAAAUCUCAAUUAUCGUGCUUAGUGUGAUUGACAAGAUUAGCAAAACAGAAGGUUCACAUUUGCCCGACAAUUGCCAUAAAACUCAAAGUCUACUGAAGUAAAUUCCAAAGUUUCUUUCAUCAAAAAGUAUAAUUGUUUUAUAAAAUACAUGCAAUAAUUUACAAUUUAUUCAUUAUUGAUGAAAAUAUUUGAUGUAAGUAAAUACAUUUAACGGGUAUGGAAAAUACUUUAUACAAACUUAAUAAUUUAGGCGCAGUUGUCGGCCACAUCAAAAUGACUAUAAAUUCUAUGAAAGAAGCUAGAUGUAUGGUCAAAAUAUUUUUGUGGUCUGUCCCUGUGUUCACUACUAAGACAUCCUUAUGUCACCUAAAUAUUCCAUUUUACAAAAAAAAUCUAAAUUCAGAAUCGUGGAUAAACAUUCUGGUAGCAAACAAUGUAUAAUGUUUUCAAUUAUUAUUAAUCUAAAAAGUUUCUAAUUAGUGUAGGACAUAUAAAACUAAGGUAAACUUUGUUCUUUUUUCAAAAGCAAACGCGGUUGACAUGUUCAUCGAAGCUCGUCAUCUAGAUUCUUUGUCAUGCAAGAAAGUUGUUCUCUAUUUGUUGAGAAAAUAAUUGUCAUAAAUAUAAUACAUAAAAGAUAGGCGCAAUCUGCUUCCAUGAUAUUGUACUUAUAGUCCCCCGGCUACUAGGUGAAAUAAAUCAUCCCCUCCCGCUAGGGAUUUUAGUAGACUAUCAUAUAAUUGCUAUAUGAUUAGUUUGGCACGUAAAUUUGCUUGUUUGCCAUUUUUUAAAUGAGAUUAAAGAAGUCGUGCUCAGUUUUAGGCAACUACCCCUAAUUCAUUUAAAAUGAAAAGAAAUGGGGGCACACUUAAGUUUUCAGACACUGCGUUUUUGAUAAUGAAUUUAAUUUUCGUUUAAAUACAUCAAUUGAUAGCAUAUGCAUUUAGUUACUAAUUGGUAACGUCAUUGACGUUCAAAUUUACUCGACAACGCCAAAAUGCCGUCAUUAUGCCGUCAGGCACGCGAAAACGCAUAGAAUGAGCAGAAAAUGGAUUUUAUUGAGAUUUUACGAAAAUGGUAUAACAAAAUAUUUAUUUGUAACAGUUAAGUUUGUUUUGUUUUCAUGUUUUUUUUUCAUUUUUCUGAAAUAUCUAAGAACAAAAUCUAAUAUUUCUACUUGUUUUGAAGCUAUGAUUAGCUAGAUAUCAAACAUGUUUAACAUCGGUAGCGGAGUACUUUCCACCUGUCAUUCAACUAAGGGUUUAUUUUAUGACAUUGGUAUAAUUAUCGAGAAAAACAUGGCAGAAAAUGAUGCUAUACAUGUUUAAAAUGAGCUCCAAAGUCAGGAGAAUGUUGAAUAUAGUAUUGCAAUUCUUUUAAUACAAUAUUAACUCAGUGACUUCUGGUCUCCCUUCUAGUUUGAGCAGCAGAUUUUUCUAAAAUUUAAUGAACAACAAGGCUGUAGCUAUCUCUUCUUCUGUAUUAAUGCUAUCUUUGCACAGCUUUUAUCCAUAUAUUCCUUUAUCACAUGUUUGACGUCGUCGGAGUGGAUUAAAGCCAUUUCAUAAUAAUAAUUUUGGUAUUACACGUAAAGAGAGAAGAAAUUUUGAUUUUUCAACAGGAAAAGCUAACAUGUGAUUAAACGAAUCUUCUCAUAUGAAUAUCAAUGUUUAAGUCAUCACAAUGAUAUUAUGUUAACGUCACGUCGACGUGAUGUCGAGCGUCAUGUACUCAUCGAGAAAUAGCGCUUUCAAUUUGAUCUAAUAUUUUACUUAAAUGCACACUUAAAACGAAAUGUCGAAGAGCGCAACUGUCUUGAUCAAUUUAUACCCACACGCAGUCGGUUAUGGAAAACAGGAAGUGACUACUCGGUGUUACAUGUUAAGUAAUCCAAAAUGCAGUUCCAUGCUAUGGAUGAAAUCUAAUAUAAUGAGUCAUAUGAGGAGGUGACAGUUAUAUUUUUGCCCAGUUUUGAGAAAAGAUCUAGACCAUUUUCAUUGAGAAUUUCCUGGAAUCAGUUCGAUUCUUUGAGAAAAUGUCUACAGACGGUAUCUUACCAGUGAUGCCACAAAGACCCUUAUCAACAGCCUGGUUACUUCACGGUUAGACUACUGUAAUGUCUUGUUAAGUGGUAUUCCAAACAGCACACUUAACAAGUUGCAACAUGUCCAGAACACGGCAGCUCGCGUCAUCACCAAGACGCCCCGUCGCAAUCAUAUAACACCGGUUCUGAAGGAGCUCCAUUGGUUGCCAGUAAAAUACAGCGUGCAGUACAAGGUUCUGACCCACACCUCCACACAAUUAGUCCCCUGACUAUAUUAGGGAUAUGAUAGAAGUGUAUAAACCGGUCAGAAACCUAAGAUCACAAGACACGCUGUCACUGGUUAUGCCAAAAAAUAAAACCAUGAUGUAUGGCAAUCGCAGCUUUUCGUGCACUGCUCCAAAUCUUUGGAACUCCCUUCCCGUCAAGAUCAGGGAAGCUGACACGCUAGCUGCUUUCAAAAGCCUGCUAAAACCCACUUCUUUGUACAAUAUUUUGUUAACAGACCGAUACAUUGAUGUUUUUUUUUUCUUUUUCAUAAAACUGCGUAGAACAGUAUUUUAUCCUAGGGUAACUUAAAUACUUUUAAAUAUGUAUGUAUGUUUAUCUUGUUUAAUCUAUACGUUUUACAUUUAUGAGUUUUGUUAAUGUGUAAUGCAUUAUUUUUGUAUGCGUAUUUGUUAGUAUUUUUGCAAUUUUUCUGUGAAGCACUUUUGAACGUGUAUAUGUGCAUGAAAAGAGUGCCCUAUAAAUGUGGUAUAAUAAUAAUUAUAAUACAUACAUACGCGUAAUUGCUAAACGGCUAUUUCUAUGGGGGCAUUUAUAGAGGGUGAUGUUUCUCAGAACAUAUCAUUUUACUUAUAUGUAACAUAACAUGUCAAUAUUUUUCAUUUUUUGAUAAGAAGACAUGUCAUACUAAAUGACCAUAUAUGGUUUUCAUAUCAUUGAAAUGCUCUAAAGUGCUGAAAAUUAGGCCUGAAUAUUUUAUUAUUUAUAUAAAAUAAAAAAGGAACUGAACUGGUAGAAUGUAACCUUAUUAGCUGUGUAGAAUAAUUCGCAAUUUCUUUACCCUUAUGAAAUUAUUCCGCAAGACCUAUUACCAUUUCCGGUCCUGACAUGUAUAAACAAAGGAGCGUGACGACAUUCCAUUUGGCGACUUACAUACGCCAAGAAACAGUUCCUCUAAUAUUUCAUUACAAUUUUACGAUAAAAGACAUAUUAGAAUCGAAAUAAUAUCAUAGCAAAACCAUUUAUACACUCGGGUGGUAAUACGUCGUACGAAAUACACCCGGCGUAUAAUCGCCCAGCGUGUAUAAAUAGUGUUAAAACACGGUUUUGCUAUAAUUCAAUAUAUAUCAAUUAUUACAUUUUUGCCUUUCCACGUUAAAUUUAUUAAACUCGUUUAAUACAUUUAAGAUGAAAAGACAAUGGUAUCAUCCUUUCUUACUUUUUAUGAUUAGUUAAUUAUAUCUAUAUAGCCCACUUUUCAUGAGUGAAUAAACGUUUGCAAAAGAUUGUCUUUAUUUUGCAAAAUCUUCAAAAAAAUGUUGUCAAGAUGUUCAGUAGUCGGAUAGUUCCAAUCUUCCUAGGAGACGGUAUGCUCGAUUGUUUCCCAGAAAAUACUUGUGUCAAUUUUAUUCAUGUAUCGGAUUCAAGUUACAACCAAAUCGUCUUAAGUGUUUUACCCGUCCAUAUUUAUCAAUCUCUUCCGUCUGAAACUUAAGACAUAGACUUCAGAAUGCUAAAUUUUCUGUUUGCUCUUUCAUUAUUAAAUUAGAACAUAUUGUAAGGAAACUUUGCAAGAAUGUGCAUUCUGCAGCUUGGUGUAAAUUUGCUAGAAACAAAGUUAUUGCAAAUUGAGUACAGUGCUUUAGGGUAUAGCGGAUAGUUAACUAUUUUUUCCUGCAUCCAGAUUCAAAGAAAUGAAAUUUAGUACAUUUUUUCUGUAUAUCAGACAGAAAACAGCCUUAUUUUUCAAAACAUUCAGCUUUUAAUAGAAAUUCGUGUGUAUUUUUACUCCUUGCCAUUGUUUACAUAUGCGCUGAUUUAGGGUGUACAGGAUAACUUUGGUCAUUUUUUACAUUGUUAAUUUAAAAUCCACGUCUAAACAAACUUCCCAAGAUUUUUUAUGCCCCCGAAGGGAGGCAUAUAGUUUUUGAACCGUCUGUCGGUCUGUCGGUCUGUCAGUCUGUCUGUCAGUCUGUCGGUCUGUCAGUCUGUCCGCAAUUUUCGUGUCCGGUCCAUAUCUUUGUCAUCGAUGGAUGGAUUUUCAAAUAACUUGGCAUGAAUGUGUACCACAGUAAGAUGACGUGUCGCGCGCAAGACCCAGGCCCGUAGCUCAAAGGUCAAGGUCACACUUAGACAUUAAAGGAUAGUGCAUUGAUGGGCGUGUCCGGUCCAUAUCUUUGUCAUCGAUGGAUGGAUUUUCAAAUAACUUGGCAUGAAUGUGUACCACAGUAAGACGACGUGUCGCACGCAAGACCCAGGUCCGUAGCUCCAAGGUCAAGGUCACACUUAGACAUUAAAGGUCAUUUUUCAUGAUAGUGCAUUGAUGGCGUGUCCGGUCCAUAUCAUUGUCAUUCAUGCAUGGAUUUUAAAAUAACUACGCAUGAAUGUGUAACACAGUAAGACGACGUGUCGCGCGCAAGACCCAGCUCCGUAGGUCAAAGGUCCUAAACUCUAACAUCGGCCAUAACUAUUCAUUCAAAGUGCCAUCGGGGGCAUGUGUCAUCCUACGGAGACAGCUCUUGUUUACUAUAAAUCAGAAUAAUAAUGUAUUCCCUUUUCAAAAACAUUCAGCUUUUUAAAUUUCUAUCAAAUACUUUUCAUUCACUGACGUUCUUUACAUACACACCGAUUUAGUCAGUAGCGGAUAGUUUCAAUUUUCAUACAAUGACAUGUGAAAAAUAACACAACAAGCAAAUAUUUAAAAUGUAUGUCAGAAAGUCUGUCUACAUGCCAGUAAAAUAAAGAUAUGAAAAUUUAUAUAAUAAUUCAAGUCUGAAUAUAAAAUUUAUUGUCCUAUCCUCUAUACUCUAAAAUCCGAUAUGCCCUAAAGCACUGUAUUUGUCAUUCUCAGACUUUGACAUAAAGACAUUGAAACAAAGGUUCAUCUAAGAAUAUGGACAUUAAAUCGUCAUAAUAAAAAUAGUAUAUUAGUAGUUGAUUGAGUUGUAGAAAACUGGCAUUUAUUUUAUCACAAAUGAGAGAAAAAAAUAUUGUCUGAAAUUUUAUUUACCUAGUUUAAUCUUUUUUACUGAGCAUAUUAGUUCUGGAAACUCUAAUUAUUAGUGAGAUAUCACUGCUGCAGUUUAGCAGAUUAUACUACAUUUAAUUUUCAAACAUGCAAUUCAAUCAAAUUUGAGUUAUGAACAACACACACAAGAAACGGUUUUGGUCAAACAAUCAAGUGUAUGUAAAUGAUUGUAAUAAAGAAAAUAUGAUUACGAAAUAAGUUUGUAAAACUGUUUCUCUGACUCAAAGUUCAAUCAAAACAGAAACUAGAAAUUUUUACCGAAAAUUUGGGUGUUGUUUAGGACACACACUGGCCAUUUUAGAUUAAAUUAUCUGCAGCACUCGACAUUAUAUGUCGCGCUCGAGAUAAUAUGUAGUAUGCUCGAGAUGAGAUGUUAAAAUAAUUUUAUCUUGGGCUAUGAUGGUCCUAGGUCGGUAUAUGAUAAAUUUUUGAAAAAAUUGCUUGUUAAUAAUUUCAUUGUAACAUACG